CUCUAGUCUCUGGCUCGCAUCUCUCGUCUCUCGAAUAGUCUCUCGCUGCUAGGGAUAUGGAUAGUGAUCAGUCCAUCGACCAUGGCCAUACUAGGUCCGGUCGAGGUCGUCCCUCUCGCCGUGGUAGACCCAUCAUAGCGAAUGUGGAAUAUUCACCCACUAAUGCCAUAGCCUCCUCACCAUCCUCUGUAAAUUCUAUUCAACCAACCAUCCCAUAUCAUCCUACUUUAUCAUCUCCUAGUCACUUCACUGCUGAUAUGUUGACAGGGUCUCCACCUCCACCUAGCCCCCAUAUCCCACAUGCACCCAGCACGCAGGGCCCACCGCUGGACACACUGGGUGCCAGUGGCUCUUCGUCCCAGAAUAUUGGGGUUGUGCCUCCUCAGAAUAGUCGUAUCUUGAUACGGCCUGUUUCGGCUGCUCUUUUUGAUCCUUUUGAUGUUACUCGGAAGAUAAGCGAGAUCAUAAAGACCAAGUAUGAACGAGCCGUGACACAAUGAAGUUAUUUUACUCCCGAGGAAAAAGAAGGUUACUUUAAGGAGUUCAAGAGUAAAUUUACAUGGGACCCUGCUCAUGAUAUUGCAAUAAAGAAAUUAUGGAAUAAGAAGAGUGGAGAAUUAUUUUGGGGCAUGAUGCAUAGGGCACGAGAAAACCCCACCAAAGCUGUUUGGAUCCCCACUGCAGUCCUUUCUGAACUUCGUCGUAUUUGGGAUGGACUAGAGUACAAGAAGAAAAGGGAACAGGGAAAGAAAAAUCGAGCAUCUGAGGAUAGUUGUUCUCACACUGGCGGCUCUAUUCCUCACACGGAGUCUAGUAAGAGAAUGAAGGUGGAACUUGGCCGGGAUCCUACCAAGGCGGAGGUGUUUGUUCGCACUCAUCGAAAAAAUAAUACACAACAAUUAGUCGAUGGACGAGCAACAAUUACAUUUGAAAAAUUUAACAAGCUGAAGGAGGACAUUCUGACACAGCGAUCAGUCUCCUCCACCAGUGAGUCACCUCUUGAGCCGUUGGACGAGGAUCCUAUAUUCCUUAAGGCAACUGGUGGGAAGAAUAAGAAAAAUCGCAUCUACGGGCUUGGAUCUGAGGCAAGCUUUUUGCCUAGUUCUUCAUCUUGCUCCAAUGGACAUUCCAGAUUGUAUACUCAGGCGGAGUUGGAGCAAGAGGUAGAGGAGCGCAUCGCUCGGAUGAACUCUGAGUUAUUGGAUGAGGUCGGUGACUUGCGGCAGCGGAUGCAGGAUCAGGAGCGGAUGGUGCAGCAAUUAUUUUCUCAGAUGCAGAUGCGAUCCCCCAGAAACAACCCUGAAGUUGAUCGUGCAUCACAUGGACACCUUUCUGAUGAAGAUUAAAUUGUAUUUCUUAAAAAUUAUUGAACCACUUAUGUAUAAUAUUAAUUUUUAUUACAUGUUAUUUCUUGCACAUUUUGAUAAUAUAUUUU